UUCCUUUGUGAACUUUUAUUUUUUUCCUUUCAAACCACAACUAUUCACAUUGAUUUGAUGGGUUAAAAAGUGAAUAAACGGGCAGGCCCAAAACGAUCUCGUUUAAAUAAGGGAUUUUUACUUUUCCCAAUACGACACUUUUAUCCGGCAUCUUUCUUUACUUGGAGUCUUGGACGGCAAGCAGAGGCAAUUCUGAGUUCUUCGAGCCUCUCUGUGUUUGGGUACCGAGGAACGUAUAAAAACAUGGAGACUCCUAAUUCUAGCCUUUGGUCGGAGCUUCCGAUGGACAUAUUAACAUCUGUGUUCGAACGUCUAAGUUUUGUGGAUUUACACCGCACUAAGAUCGUGUGUUCGAAUUGGUACUCGUGUUCGAAACAAACAUUGCUCUGUAAGGAAAGACCUCCAUUGCUGAUUCUGUUUCCAGAGAACGAUGUUUGUGCUCUGUAUAACCCGGAUGAAGCUAGGGUUUACAAAACUAAACGAGACUUUUCAGGGAUCAGAUUCUUGGCAAAUUCAGGCAAAUGGUUCCUGGUGCUAGAUUCUGUUUCAAAUCUCUAUAUCAUUGAUUUUUUUGGCGAGAAGAGGAUUGAUCUUCCACCUCUAGAGUCGAUGAAGAGGGAUCACUAUAGUCUUGAACGAGUCGGAGAUAAUGAAUUCAAGAAGGUAGUAGUACACGGAGUCGGACGUCCCUCAAUUAUCUUCCUGAAUGCGAAAGAUCUAAGAGGUCUUUUGUGGGUAGAUGAGAAGAAAGAAGAGUACGUUGCAGUCUGGUACUUCAACGUGAGUCACAAGAUUCCGAUUGAUUAUAUUGCGGUUUGCAAGAACGGGGAAGAUCAUUACCGUAGGAUUCCAACACGCUUGUAUUAUCCAGCCAUAUCUGAUAUGGUACUCCAGGGUGGUGGUGGUGAUAGUCUUUACGUUUCAACGAGUAGUCAAUGUAUGCAAAAACUGGAUUUGUCUGGACAAGAAGGUUUCAAAGAUUUGACCAAGAAUGAUGAUACCCUUAUGCCAUUUCGUCCGCGUGAUCAUGUUUAUGAAACAACAGUUAGCUAUAACAUUGCAGUUACAACAUCAGGAGAGGUUUUGUUGGUCCGGAGAAUCUUUAACGAAACAAGGCAUAGGAUCUUCCGUUUAUACAAAAAGGAUCCUAAUCCAGGCCCUGAUGCUAUUAUCAACGACCCGAACCCGCUUGUUGAGGUACAUUCUCUAGGUAAUGAGGCACUGCUUCUUGAUUUGGGUAUCACCGUGCCUGCUGACCAUACCCUUGGUAUCGAACCAAACUCUAUCUAUUUCACCCGUCAUGACCGUGCUUGUAAACGUGGCCGAAAACCUUCAUGCCUGGACAUAUGUGUGUUCAACCUUGCAACAAAGAACCUCAAACGCUUCCCCGGUCUCUCCAACUUGAGGCUCACGGAUGCUCGAUGGUUUCUCCCGUCAUGAUCUUGAUUUGUUUUCCUUUUCUUGGA